AGCUACUGCAUUACGCAUACGUUGGCUAAUUACAGGCGACCGAUGCGACGGGACAUCAGCGGGCGACCUUGCAUGGAUAAUUCGGCAAUUUCCCGGAAAUGGCCCAUUUUCCUGCGCGGCGACCGGGUGACAUAUACACAUAUAAUCGGUGCAACAUCUGCCCAAGUCCUGAAUGCCGCUUUGCUUGGCAAUUGCCGCGAGGUUCUUCGGCGGUCUGAGCGGUGUGCGAGCAGUGCCAUCUAAAUCGCAGGCGCUGGCACGGCACCUGUUCACAGGCGUCGCUAGGGCCCACGCGAGCUGCACUGCCUCCACCGGACGCGCCUACGCCAUGCCCACCUCCGCCUCCGCCCCCACCUCCGCCCCCAGCACCGCCGCUGCCUCCGCCUCCUCCGCUGCCGCCGACCCUCCAGCCGACCAUUCCCAAGCAGACCCGCGCACACUCUUCCUAGACGCCGACCAGACCAGCCGCUAUGCGGCGCACCGGCCUCACUACCCCCCACAGCUGUAUGACCUGCUGUACACACACGCCUUCCCAGGCCGCCACCCCACCCCCGGCCCGCCCUUCCCCGACCUGGCGGUUGCUGACGUGGCCACCGGCAGCGGCCAGGCCCUGGGGCCCAUGCCGGAGCACUUUGGCCGCUGCGUGGCUCUGGAUGUCAGCCCCGCGCAGCUGCAGGAGCUGCCGGCGCCGCUGCGGGCGCGGGUGGCUGUGCAGCUGGGCGACGCACACGCCACCGGCCUGGCCGCGGGCAGCCUGGACCUGGUGACGGUGGGGCAGGCGCUGCACUGGUUCCGCUUUGACGAGUUCUACCGCGAGUGCCGCCGCAUCCUCAAGCCCACGGGCGCGCUGGCAGCCUUCACGUACGGCUUCGGGCGCCUGUGCGGCUUCCCCGGGGCCCAGGCGCUGUACGGGCAGCUGCACAGCGGCACCCUGGGGCCCUACUGGGCGGAGGGGAGGAAGAUAGUGGAGGCGGAGUACGUGGGCAUCGAGCCCGGUCCGGAGCAUUUCGGCCAGGUUGUGCGGCUGCGUGCGGCCAUGCCCAGCGACAUAAGCCUGGACGAGCUGGCCGGCUACAUCAGCUCCUGGUCCGCCUACCGCGCCUACCUGCGGGCCAACCCGGGCCAGCCCGACCCGCUGCAGGCCUUCAGGGCGCAGUGCGAGGCGGGGCUGAGGCAGCAGGCCGAGGCAGGCGCAGCAGGCGCAGGGGCUGGCGGCGGGGAGGGGCAGGGGCAGGGGGCGGGGCAGGGGGCGGCAGUGCCGCAGCUGAGGCUGGAGCGGGAUGCAGUGCUGCUGCUGGCGCUGCGGCCUGUGCCGCUGGAAUAGCUCGCAGAUGGGAGCGCAGCGGGAAUGCUGCUCGACCCGAGAAACUUCACAUGUCAGGAGGUGGAGUCAGGUGGAGUACGGUACCGAGUCCCUCUCAAGGCACCUCUCGGCACCUCGGUGUGGUUUGACUGGAGGAGGAUGCUGUGCGGGGAGUUGGGAUCUGAUGUAUCAGGUCUGUAGGCGCGGGUUGCAUGUGUGACCGUGGAUACUGUAUUUGCCGAGCGGAGAUUCCAUGACGGAAUUUGCGCUGAUAAGCAGGGGAGGUGAGCAAAGCAGGCAACCAGGUAACCCCUGGAGGUAAUGCCACAGCGCUCCGAACAUUCACUCGCAUGCAUGUGUGGCCGUGCACGCGUUCGAAUGCUCGUGGUGUCAUGCCCCCGGACGACGCAUGUCGCGGAUUUGUACCGCCCGAGCCGUAC